CAAAAACGUCCAGCCUAGAUGAAAAACUUGCGCAACAGCUUGGAUACUUCACAAAAAGGCUACUUUUGAUUAUAGGAACUACCUAAGCUAGCAUUCAUACACACAUUUUUCAUUAUCGAUUACAACUCACUACUCAAGUAAACAUUGACUGCAACUAGUAAGUCUUUUAUUUCAUUCAAAGGAUGUCGCGUUUCGUGUCUCUCGUAAUCGCGAGCACCUUGGCGCUCCCAGCCUACGCUGCUGUUUCUUCAACGCAGUUGUGGAGAGGUACGUCGAAACCAGGUACGGUAGAGCCCGGGGAUUUUGUCGAACUCACUGGUUGGAAGGGUAUGCCGGAUCUCAAUGGAUCAAAGGGACUGGUGCUCUUUAACCGGAAGCUGAUUGACCCCCCUCAAAAAGAUCCUCACGGCCAAGUAGCCAGCUCCACGGCGCGGAGUAGCGGUUUUGUUGCCCCAAAAGCCGCUGCGGCAUUUUUCUCUUCUGGCUCGCCAUCUACGGAAGACGACGGAGCAACACGGUGGGCUGUCCUGGUCUACAAUUAAGGCUAGUUCAUUGGCAUCACACGUGCUAUACAAAUAUCCCUAGCAAUUGUAUCAUCGUCGAGAUCAUCAAGUUCACGAAGAGCACUAGAGCAGUUCAUUGCCUUCUCCUAGGAUGUAAUAACUACAGGUAGAGUAUUUGCACUAGUACUUUCCUAGGAGGACAAAUUCGUAGCGCUCUAAAACUAACCAUUUGAAUCGGGGUUGGGGUCGAAAGAUCACCUCUAAUGUACCGACAGUCCUCAACGCAUCAUCUCUGUGAAAGCGGACAAUGUGAAAAAGCUGGAGCUUACCAAAAUUCCUAUGGAUGCAGUGCUUUCUCCAGAGCUAUUCAGAUCUUCCUCAGCAUGCGACGUAGGAAAAACCAGCAAGAUGACGAACCGCUUUAUCGUUAGUCCGCGGACACAAUUGAAAAGAACGGAUGACGAGGAGGAACGUGGUAGCGGGCCAGGAGGCGAUAUUGAGCAAGAGGAUUUUUAUGAGGACGCUUCGAUGGGGGAACAGGAACAAGCUGCCGAGGAUGGUAGUACGGAACCCCUGCUAUCGCCCGUUUACAAAAAGGACGUCGACCGCGCGCACCCGGAAUGGUAUCGAGAUGUUUACGAUGUUGGCCUCAUUGUGAAUGAGAUGGAGACAGAUGAUAAAAUCAGCCUGGCUCUCAGCUGGAAGGUCAAGGUGUGGUGGUUCAAAAGCCAGAAGUUUUCUUGGGAGGACUUGCAGAUACCUCAGAUGAAGCAUACUGGAGUGACGCACAUGUGUAGCAUCAGAGCACUGAUGACCAAGGAAAGGGCGAUAGUUGAGAAGAAUACGAGGGGUGUCUUCUUACUGGGUGGUCCGCGUAAUAGACCCGGAGAACAAUCAAGUUCAUCAGACGAAGAAACGCAGAGAAUCUCUCGUCCUUCUUCGUUGCUGUCUCAAGGAGCUAAUGCUCUGGGCAGUAACUGCAGCAUUCGUGCUAAUCCGGUGGGGCUGGCCGAGGUGCGACGCGCGAUUGAGGUGACGGAGAAUCUGCAGCAGCGGGUGGAGGUUGAAAAAGAGCAUUCAGUGUUUCAGCAGCACGUGAUUGACAUCGCAACAAUGGACAGGAGCAUGUCAGAUGUCGAAAGAAGACAGAAGUUAUGGCUGGUUGGUCGUCAUCCUGUGAAGAUUAAUUGUCCUGAAAGGAAUGAAGUUCACUUUUUAGUAAAAGUCAAUUCAUAUUAUAACUCGGACACUAGAUGAGGGAGACAAUGAAGGAGUCACUUGUAAGGUCAGGAUGGCGAGCGACUGCGUUCACUGCAGGAGACGCUGUUUCAGCGCUUUGAAUCAUUCCGCUUCCGUCAAAACAACGGUUUCGGCAAUGAUAGAAUAUACCGUUUCGUGAAGCGCCGUGGUCGCAUCAUGUUGGAAUUCUUCUUAAGACGGACAUUUUCCAAUCUUCGAAUUUUCAAAGAAAGAAUGAACAUGCAGAUGACCGAUGAUGAAGAUACUCGAGUUGUUAAAUUAGGGUAAAAGGAUACAUAGGGAUUCGGGAGCUAUAAUUUUCAGGCGUAUUUAUGUUGCAGAUUAAGAAAUUUGAAAGUGUCGUCUAAGAAUCGAAUAUGGAGAGCGGCGUGGCAAUGACUACACUCUGAACUUAGAUCGAGUUGCGUAUCUGGAUUUUUCGAUUAAGAAUUGGCCGCAUGAAAUCACUGAUGGCGUGCCGUGGAUGCUUAACAAGUCGUGGCCAAACCAGCAGCGAGCGUUAUUUGCAAGCCGCGUACUUGCCCGCGACGAGGCAGGCGAUAUGCUUGGCGUCGCCAAUUACCCGAUCGAACUCUCGCUGCUGCAGGGGCCAGCGACUGAGGUGUUCCGCCGAACGUUUCCCUAUCAGAAAGAUAAAAUCGACAGACGCGACAAACCGAGCCCGGAAGAUGGGAAAGCAGGACGAGGCGUUCCUGAGUGGAUUGCGUACACGGAACACUAUUCGGGAGAGACGAAGCCGGACGGCAAGAAAAACCCUUACUACGAAGAAAUCAAGCAAGACGAGGUGCUGCAUGUCUUGCCCGAUAGAUUCUUGAAGAUGUGGAAUUCCAGUCCAGUAACCUUCGAUUAAGGCUUCUCCUAAUCCAUCUUCUCUAGCAUGUUGCGAAUUUUAUUUAUAUAUUAGAAGUGAUAAAAACUUAAGAAUGUUGUUUCUCGAGAUGGAUGACGACUAAUAUGAUAUCUUCAGCUCUAAGUCGAGAGGAGAAUGAUUCCACCCUUCUAUCAAUUGGAAAAAGACGAAGAAAGGUACAGACCGAAGAUUCCGGAGUAAAUGCUGAUGUCUGUAUCAUCAUGAUGAUGUUGAGUCAGGAACAUCUCGACGUGGAACAUGACGAUUAGCGUAUGGAUUGCCAGUACCAUUGUGAGGGAGUGAUGAAGGACAUCAAAUGAACGCCACGUUUGCAAACGACCAAGCAUGGCAUGAUAAUUAGAUAUGGCAAUUAGUUUUUCACCGAGAAAACUUGUUCUCUUGUCAGAAUGGAUAACGAACAUAGACAGAGUGUCCUUCUAGUACCUCUUGCGCCAGGGGAUCGAAAUCGAUCCGGUAAGGGGCUUCUACCCCAUCAGUCAUUCCUUCUUCUGUUGAUGCGGACGAUAGGUGUGACAUUGCAGGCUGCAUUUGUGAGUCGGAGGCGCCUGGCUGCCUUUUUGUUUUUUCCAGUCGAAUAACAUGUUGUAGUGAGCACGAAGUAUGGCUUCUAGUACAUGAAAACUUCUAGUACUGGACCUAUCCUUGUUGUUUAUGAUGACCGUGUUGCUUUUCCCGACAACAAUUAAAACCGAUAGGAGCUCGUGGAGGACCCCCUUUAGGGUCGAGAUGUGUGGCUUUGGUGACAUGAUCUGUCAGGAUUUUAUCUCAUGAUGUUUCAUGCAGGAGAACUACAUCAAGGAGCUGCCCUAAAAAGAGAUUUCUUUGUGAAAAAGCGAACAAGUUUUUGCUUCUUUCCUUCGCGCACUGUGUACUCAACUGAAAUUGUUGUGACUUCAGCUAACUAUUUACCUUGGCUUGUUUCUGAGCCAUUGUUUGCUGCAAACACACUUGUCAUAGUGAGGCUUUUCAGAAAAAAUUUGCGGGUUUCAGAAAGAUGUGCACCGUCACAAGCAGAAAGUUCGCUGAGACAGAUUCGAGUGGAU